UUCAGUCAUUUCCAGUACUAAAUCAACUCCAGAGACAUCAAAGAAGUCACAUUGAUCACCGGCGAUAUCACUGCCCCAUUUGUCGGACAAGGUUUCUCAGACAGGGUCAUCUAGAUCUUCAUAAAUGUCAGUCUCGUCAUAAACGGGUGUACAAGUGCCAUGUUUGUUCUGCCACAUUUUUACGGAUUCUCUCACUUGCAAAUCAUAUAUAUGAACAGCACCCUAAAGUGGUUACUGCAAGACGCCUACAAUGUCAGCAGAGUUUAAAAAGAAAGCAGAAGAAAUCCAGGUAUAAAGAGCAAGGUGAAGAGAAUAAUGAUGAUUCAAAAAUUCUUCUUAAGAUAACUCUUGGGAAAAGUAUGACAAUAAUAUCUCCUUCUAAAAAAUCUCCCAAUUCCUGUGAAAGUAAAAAGAAACCUUCAAAGAAAAAAGCUAAAAAGAAGCACAGAAAAGAGGAGAAACGACAAGAAAAGAAAGGAAUAAUUCUAUCAAUUAAAAAAGGAAUGGUUAAUGUGACAGAUAAAAGAAAUCGUGAUAGUAAAUCAAAGCAAGUUGGCAGUAAAACAAAACAAACUGAAAACAUGAAUGGCCUCAUGAACACUGAAUAUAAACUUGGAGAACAGAAAAGUGAAUUAAAGUUGACAAUAAAAGCCUGUCCUGAUCUGACUGUAAGUCCCAGUAGAGGAGAUACAUAUAAAGUACUAGAAAAAAGUGACAGUAGAUCAAGUCUGAAAUUAGAGAAAAGAACAUCUAGUCGAACAGACAUUGAUUCAAUGGAAAAUCUUGGAAUUGAAAGUCAAAGUCCUCUUACAUCUAAGGAUGAUGUUGAAUCUAAAGUAAGAAAUGGUAUUGUAAUCACCAAAGAUAAAAGUGGUAAAUUACUUGCAGAGCAGCUUCCAGCUGUGAAAAUAAAGAAAAGAGAUAAUGUCUUUGAUGAUAUUGGAAUAUGGAAGGUAUUAGCAAGCCCAAGAGAUAGACCAAAUGAUAUACUAAAACUGAAAUUGUCCCCACAAAAACCUGCCAGAAUUGAAUCAACUUUAGAAGAAGCUUGUGCAUACAAUGCAUCCAAAUAUUUAGAUAUCCCAGUUAACAGCGUGAAAGUGAAAGGUGAAGUUUCAGGUGAGGAGUCUGAUAUUCUUGAAUUGUUACCAGCAUAUGACAAGGAGAGUGAUAAUGGAAUGAAUAAUGUAAAUGAUUCUGGUAUUGAAGUGUUAAGUAGUUCAUCGUGCAAUAGAAGUAACGGUAACUCUGUACGUUCAGUUGUUAUGGAAGAUAACUCUCCAACAUAUUUCAAUACUGAAGAUUCGUUGUUGUCCUUUGAUUCACCACUAACAGAAGCUUUAAGUAAGUCAGAGCAUAGCAUAUGUCACAAGUGUGGUGGAAUUAUAAUGGAGGCAAAUAAUAAUACAAGGUCACCUGGAAAAUGCAGAUGCACGGUGUCAAAUCCUCAUUCACCAUUUGAAAUGCCAAUAUCUCCUGUAAAGACUAAUUUACUCUCCUCUGAGGCUAGUGAUACCUCGCCUACUGUAUGUUCAGACCAUCAGACAAAUUCAAAAUUAGAAUACAUUAGUGAACAAGAUAAAUGUGAGGAUGACAAAGUUGUCCAAGAGCGUCUAGAACAAAAAAAAAGUGAUGGUGAAGACAGUGAUAUAAUGAUUAUAACAUUUGAUAAAAAUCAAAACAGUCCUGAAAUGGGAAAGAGUAGACUGAAACUGAAAUUAAGACCAAAGGAUCUGUCAAAAUCACCUCUUAAAGGUGGAAAUGAAAUGAUGGCAUCACCUGAAAAAGGAAAACCAGGUCUGAAAGAAUCCCCACAGAAACAUGAUGUAUCAAAGAGUGCUGAGUCAUCAAAAUCAGAAAGUGCCACAGUGAAAAACGAUAGUAAUGAUGAUGUAAAAGAUGAUUUGGAUAAUGAUAAACAGAUUAAUGGAAACAAAGAAAGCUCAAAUAAUUCAUUGAAUGAUAGUGCUUCAGACAAAACUGUUCUUGGUAAAGUUGAAUGUAAAGAAUCUCCUGUUGUUAAUGAAAAUGACACAUGUGUGGAAUUAGACAAGACUGUCUCCUCUACAUAUAUUUCAGAUGAGUGUAGUAAGCAAAGUAGGAAAAAACCUUUAUUUAAGAGCAAGAAAUCUUCUACUAUAUGUAACACAAAUUCUUCAUCUUCAUUAAGUUUACAAGAAUCAAAAGGUCAUCUUGUUGCAAGUGAUGAGAAAACUGUGCAAAAUAAGAAGCCUUUGUUCAAGAAAAGAACAUUGUCAGUUGAUGGGAACUCAGAAAAUAGUGUGAAGAAAUCUUGUUUUAAAACACAAAUGUCUGUUCCUGGCCAUAGUUUAACAGAAAAUUUGCUGAGUGAUGAAAUUGAAAGGAAUGACAGAUAUGCUAAUAUGGGUGAAAUUCUGAAUAAAAGUGACAUGCAGACCAAACAAAGUGGGCCAAACAAAGAAGUAAAUGAACCCAAUGUUAAUGCAAAUGAGUCUUUAGAAACAAAAAUUACGCAAAUUAAGACACCUGUAAGUAAAUUGUGCACUAUUGGUUUUGAUGAAGAGGACAGUCUGUUGAACCUUUCAGGUGAAAUUGAAGAAGAAAAGGUUAGCAAACCUUUAGAAAAAUCACAAAAAUCAGCUGUUUCAUUUGAUUUGUACCAACAGCAGUUCUUAUCCUUCAUUUCUAGCACUAUGAGUGGAAGCAAAUUAGAAAAGAAAAAACUAGAGGAAAACAGUGAAACUACUAGGGAAGACAAGAAAGUCAGUGAGGCUAACGAUGUUGACAAAGUAAGCAUUAAUGUGGACAACAUUGAAGACAAGAAUGAAAAUGAAAUAAAGCAUGGCAAUAAAGAAAUUAAAAGCAAAACAGAUAAUAAAGCUAGAAAUACUGGAAUUAAGAAUAAUAAGGUGAAUAAAAAUAAAAUCAGUGAAAAAGAUAGCAAGACAGAUUUUAAUGACAAAACUGAAGAUAAAGUAUGUAAUGAGGAUGACAUUGUUGAAAUAAAAAGUAAAAAACCUCCCAAAAAAAUGAAAAAGAAGUGUCUGAGUAAAUCCAAAAUUUCUUAUGAAAAAAAGGCAUCAAGUACAAAGUUGGAGAAAGAAUCAGAAACUGAAAUUAAAAAGAAAGAGACAAUACCAGAACCGAAAAUAGUAAAGUCUGACAGUUUAUCAUGGCUUACAAUUUUUGGUGACACUGCUUCUAAAAGUAACAGUCAAAAGACUGAAACGGACACUGCUGUUGAUGUGAUGGCAGAUUUAAGUGUGAAUUUAGCAGAGAUCAAUAAAAAGAUUGAUGUGUCAGAAGAUGAUGACACAAAUUCUCUUGAUGUAGAUGAUGUGUUCCAAGUGAAAAAUUUAUCUAGUCUUCAACCAAAGCAUGAGAUUAAUUUCAAAACAUCACAAGUAAAAGAAUGUGCUAAAGCAAAACCUGUUGAGUGUGAAAAAGCUGGAAAAGGGCCUCCAUACAGAAGGAGGCAAACUGCAAAACGAACUGUUGGAAAAUUCAAAUCAGCGAAAAGAAAAGUAAAUAGUGAUUAUGAAUAUUCAGAGGAAAGUUCUGAUUCAGAAACUAUUGACAUGUUGAGCAGUCAUCCGGGGUCAGAUCCAGAUUUCAAUCCCUUCAAUGAUUCAGAUGAUGACUUUGUAAAAGCUCCCCAAAAAAGGCGCCAGUCUAGAAUUUGUAGUGUGAAAAGGAGAACAUGUAAUGGAAGUGAGAGUUCAGAUACUGAUAAUGAAAGUAAAUGUAGUGAAACUGAUAAACAAGAAACUGAAUCUCAAAGUUCAAGAAGUAAAAGGACUAAAAAGGGUAGGAAGAGUUGUUGCCCAUGUUGUAUAGGAUCACCAAGGAAAAGGUUCAGGGAGCAUAGUGGGGAUCAGCUCUCUGGUCCUGAUAAAGAUGCAUAUAAAUUGCCUAGAAAACAUAGGCAGUUUGUUAGAAGUACCCUUAAGUUACUGCAGUUACAGGAAAAAAUUCACACAUUGUUUCUUACUCUCUUCCCAGAGUGUGCUGAAAUGAUUUCUCAUUCAAGCAUUGGAACUGAAGAGUUUGAGUUGCUUAUUGAUGAUGUUCUCAGUGGAUUGGGAGAUAAAGAAGUACAGUGUAGUUCAUUACCUCAUUCAGUAGCUUACUUGAAAAAAGAUGUGGAGAGUCAGUUUGAAUUAUGUCCUGUUAGUAAUAUAGAAAUGCCUUUUGCAGCCUCAGGUUUGGCAACAAGGGCUAGUGAAAUUGACCUUGUUAACACAAGUGGCGAUGACAGAAGCCCAACUGAUGCUAGUCUCGUUCAAACAGUGAAUCAUCAGUCACAGUCUCAUGUUGAUCUCGGUACCAGCUCAGUUCAGAUGGAUGAGGACAAUGAUGAACAUAAUACUGCUGGGAAAGAAUUAGAGGCAGGGAUGAUAUGGCAGCACUCUUCAAUUUUCAAUGAAACUUCAUUGGCGGCUUCAACAUCAAGCAGUACCAGGUUAAAGUUUGAAAAUAACACGCUAACAGACAAUGAUGAGCCUAUGGUAGAAAGUGUUUUUGAAAAUGUUAUCUCCCAUCCAUCAAAUGUCCAUGAUUCAUCUUUGGCCUACACUCAGGAAUCUGUUACAGUACCAAUAACACCUGCUCAUUACAGUGCCACAAGUCAAAUUGACAUUAUGAAUAUAAAUUCUUUACCUCAUCAUGUUAUUGGUCACUCUCAGCCAUUUGAUAAUGUAGAAUAUUACUCAACUGAAGUUGAUUCUGAUCCAGGGGUUCAAAAUGAAAUCACUAUAACUUUAGAUCUCAACGCAGCUAGAGUCUCGUUGUGUCGGAGUCCAAAGAACUGUUUACAAAGGCUUCAAAACCAAAUCAUUAAAUUGACAAAGUGUUUCUUUCCAAAACUAGACUUCAAAAAUUAUUUUUACAGAAAUGUUGAUAAUUUAGAGUUUUUGCUUGAUUUAAUGAUUGAGGCUAACUCAAAAGAAAUUCCAGUGGAUUUAGAAUCAGAAAAUGAAAUAAUGGAAGAAGAAAUUUCAGAAAAUUGGCAUCAUGAUCCUCUAAGUGGACUGAAUAUUGUUGAUGCGCCAAUUAUAAAAGAAGAUGAUACAGUGAAAGUGAAUUUUUUUGGGCUGAAAAAUGAUAUUAAAACAGAAGAAAGAGAAUCGUUGUUUGUUAAGUGCUCUGAUUUAUUUGAACAAGAAAUUAAAUUGCAGCGAGAAUCAUUAAAGAAGGAUGUGUUUAAUAUUGAAGAAGAUAAAACUGAAGAUACUUGGAAGAAAGCGGAGGAAGUGUUAAAUAGUAUAAGUUCAUUAAAGAAAAUGGCAAGACAAACUGAGAUGGCUCAGCGUACUCGAAGGCCAAGGGAUUGUCGGUUGCGUAAAAGAAGUGCCGAUGAGAAAAGAACAUUAUUUGUGCAGGAAAAGUUGCAAAAUAGUCAAAAUUCAACAUUUGUAUGUGAAACUAAAACAAGAACUAAGGUUAAAGGUAAAGCUGGUCGAAAACCACGUGCAGCAAAUUCUAAAAAGCGUUUUCUCUCUGGACUUAACCUUAGUGACAACCUAGUCAAAAACAAUGGAACAGAAAAUGAAAAUGGACUAAUAAAUAACACAAGUGAAGAGUCUCAGAAUCAUGUUUUAACAAAAGGCAAAGAAAGUGAAAUUAAAAAUCAACGUAAAUCCUUGAACAAAUCAGAGAAAAAGGCAACUUUAAGUGAACAAAUUGUGGAAAAUAGUUUAAAAGAUAAGAUUGAAACAUCAGAAUGCCUGGAUGAUGCAGACUGUCCCAUUAAAGCCGGAAUCAAGAACAUCUUUGAAUUAAUGCAGCCGUCAUAGAUAUUUCAGAUAUACAUAAGUGUACAUACAUCGUCAUUGUAUUUAUUUAUUUUUUAUUCUUUUUUUUUUAAAUCAUGAAAUUGAGUUCUUCUAUAAACUGUACUACAUUGUAAAUGAAUGAAUAGUUAAAAGGUAGCAGCAUUUGUAUGAUAAGUCCUAUAUAGAUAUGAUGAAAUAAUCAAGUUGAGUGUUUCUUGUUUUUAUUAAUGAUUUUUAAUAAGAGAUUUUUGUGAAGAGAAAAGAUUAUUUAUACACAAAAAAAUACCUAUAGUUGAUAAUAAAAAAGGCUGUUUGAAAUUCAUAUUUUUGAGCAUUUGACUGAAAACUACUGACGCACUUGAUGUAAUAUUUUUGCCAUUUUUCAAGAGUUUGCUCUGAUAGUUGUUAUAAGUGUUCAAAGUAAAACAAAUUUAAAUGAUUUCUUAGAGCCACCUUCAGCUUUUAUUUUUUGUUGCAAUAACAGACCAUAUAUGUGUUGUUUCCAACUAAGUAUUUCAGUAAUCUUGGAAAAGUGCAUCAUAUCACUGUAAGGCCUUCUUCAAAAUAGCUAUUUAUAACACAUCAAUGACUAUAGAUGAUCUGGAAACAAAUUUUUCGCUUUGCAAAUUUUCAAAUAGAGAACUGGUAGAUUAGAGGUAUCGAGGGUUUCCUCUUCGUUUACGUAUUUAUCAAAAGCAAAUUUCAUUUUUCACCUUAACUCUUGAUUUGACAGUUAUAUGAAACAAUUUAUCUUAAAUUAACAUAUUUAACCUUUAGAAAAGCUGAAAGCCGCUUUAAGUGCCAUUAAGUAAAUAAAAAGAAUGGAGAAAUGUUCCAAUGAAGUUGUACUCUUUUAGUGUUCUUGGGCUGUUGCAGUGCUGAACACAGAUUUUGUCCGGUCUUGAAUGUUUUAGUACCUGAAAUCAAAGAUCAGAGUCAGUUUUUAGAAUGCAUGUGAAAGUAAACUGAGGAAAUUGCACACUGGAAACAAGUGUAUUUUUAAGAAUGUUAAUAAGUCUCUUUCUGAUAUGGCAGCUAAAAGUAUAGAAAAUAUAGUAUGAUAUCUACUAUCUAGAAUAAAUUGCUAAAAAUAAUGUUUACUUCAUCUUUCAGUCUAUAUUUUUAUUCUGUUAUGCCUUGAACUUGCUUUUUUUUCUUAAAUAGAUAAAGAAAUAUUACUGUAUAGCUUUACAAAGAAGCAUUAAGUCUAAACUACCACAUAAGGGUCAAGUCCUUUGUUAGGGCUUGUUUUUUGUUUGUAUAUUAUUUAUGAUUUACAAAUGGCACUAAAACUUGAAAAGUUAUUUGUACUGUAACCCUGUGAUUGUAUAUGAUACAGUUUGUUAAGUUUUUGUUUUUAGACAUGAAUUAAAACAACAAAGAUGUGCAUAAUUUUUUGUGUGUGUGUGAUUUUUGCCAAGAUAUAAAUUAAAUAAGUUUUGUAGUAUGAACUUUCAACUCUGUUAUAAAUACAUUGUACUUGUUUUCAAAUGAAUAUUGUAUUAGUAUGUAUAUACAUAAAAAAAGUAAAGACGCUGAGGGAAAUAAUGUAUAUAUACGUAUAUAAGAUUUGAUAAUCAUGGAUUUUUAUGAACCACCUACAUGUAAAAUGUUAGUUUAAGCAGUGUUCUAUUUGAAAAACUGGUUUAUGCUAUGUAAUUAUUAUUUUUCUUUCUUUUUCUUCUUCUUUUUUGUUACUUAAGAAAUUAAUUAGUGCUACUCACCGAAGCAAAGUGGUUCAAUACUAGUGCUGGCUUGUGCCUGAAACAUUGGACAAGGAGGGCACCAAAGGUGUUCCUCCUGGUAAAGCUAGAAAGGGGUUAGGGUUAUAUGACCUGUACAGGGUCUGUGGUGAUGUUAACACAUUGAUGUUAUUUCAUUAAGUGACUUGCUUAAUUGGUAACAGAACAAUAUUAUUAGAAUAAAAAGUACUUAAUGUGUUAAAAAAGCUAAUAAAUGGUUAUUAAAUAUUCUAAAGUUUUCAUGAAGUAUUUUGGGGCUAGAUUUUUUUUUUUUUAUCUUCUUUAUUUAAUUUAAAAACUAUUAAGUUUUCUUUAUGGACAGUUUAAUGUUAUUAAAUCAUACUUCAUAUAUAUUUUUAUUGUUUGACAGACAAUGCUACAUGAAGAUAUAUGGGAGAAAAGGAAAAUUUCGUUCAAAAAUUAAAUAUAUUAUAUAGGCUUUCUAAGUGCCUGUUGAAAAUUUUAAAGCUACUAAAGCAAGUGUAGAAGAUUCAUCGAGAUCCAUGACGAUUAAAUCUUUUAUUGUAAAUAAUUGCCUGUACAUGCUUGUUGUUUUAUAAUGUAAAUAAUAAUAGUCAUUGUUUUAAAGAAAUAUAUAUAUAUAAAGUUUUGUGGAUCAGUCAUCAUCAUCAUCAUUAUCAUCAUCAUCAUCAUUUAAAAAAACUGAAGAUCUCUGCGUCAUUGUUUACAUUUAUGAAAACAAACAAAAAAAUUAAUCAACUCAUUUAUAUACUCAUUGCUGAACUUUAUUAUAUUAAUGUAUUUGUUACAGAUAUGCUUUAUCCAGCCAGUUUCAUACAGCUUUUCAUUUUUUCCUUCUAACAAUGAUUUUUGUGUUGCUGUUACAGAGUAGCGGCUACAUAUAGGGAUCACUUCUCUGUUGUCCGUCUGUCACAGAAUUUGUCCGGACUACUCCUCAAAAAUUACUUGUGCAAUUUCAUCUAAACUUUUCAGGAAUGAUCAGUACCAAGUUGUCAGCCUUUUUCAGAGUUAUGGCCCUUAUAUAAUUUUAAGUCUGUUCUGACUACUUCUCUUAUACCACUAAUGCAAUUUGAAUUAAACUUUACAUAAAUGAUUGAUACUUCAAGUACUUGCACAUAUUACACAAUUUUUCUGACCGAGUUAUAGCCCUUGAAUAAAAAAGCAUUUUGGUGUUUCUUCUUCUACGCAGUAGCUGCCAUAUGCUACAAAGUAGCCAUGCAAUAUAGUGAACAACCUGUCCAAUCACCCCUCAAUACAACUGCUUAAUUGGCUAUCAACAGAGGACACAUGUGAUCACUGAUCGCUCUUGUCAUAGUUUUUAGAACACAAUAUGUUUACUGUUAUUAGUAUCCUAUUCAUGAAGUCAUUUUAGUAUCACAUUUUUGUCCAUUUCUGUAGUAUAUAUAUUGAAUUGAUUUCAGCGUUAAAAAUAUUUGGAUAUCUUUAUUUUAAGUAUCUUUCUGAACUACUUUCAGGCCACUUUUUUUAUGCUGAUUUGUUAAAAUUCAACAAGAUUUUUUUCAAUCUUUUAUAAUUUAUUAUUUGGAUUGAAAAGAAUACUGUAGUAUUUUAUGAACAUUUACAAAAAUAAUUGAAGUAUAAAUCUUUGAGAAGAAUUUGUUUAGUUAUUGGACUUUGAAUCCAUGUUACCAACUAAAAAGUUUGUAAAGAUCAUUUUUUGUGGGAAAAAAUCAUGGUUACUCAUUAAUUCAGAAUUUUUAGACUUCCAAAAAGUAACUGUCUUCAUAAAAUUAUAAACAAAUGGCUGAAUAAUUAAUUAUCCAUGGUAACAAGUUAGUACCUGAGCAGAAGUUAGAUAAUUUGUUCCACUUAACAGCAUGCCUUUAUAUGAUCUUAAUAAAUGUUUCAAGGUCUAUAGACUAUAGUUAUAUUUAUUUUCCUGAGUAAAGUUAAAAAAUACAAUGAUAUAUGUUGUUGUUUAGCAAUCUGUUACUGCUCAUCUGUAUUGCUAUUCAGAAAUUAAAAGUCGUGAAACAGGAGUCAUAAGUUAGGACGUUUUUCUUUGAAAUGUCAAAGUUUUGGUCUAAACACUGAAUUCAGACAUGAUACUUUAUAUGAACCACUGUCUUGUAAGUCAAAUUAUUCUAACAUUUUGUAAUUGUGUCAUUUUUACCAUUUCUCUUCUUUAAAACUGUUUACUUUUUCACAACAAUGGUUUAAUUCAGUCUAUGAGACCUUAAAGAAUACAUUAUACAAUGUUUUUUGUAAUUAUUCUAAAUUAAAUUAGUACAGGGUAGAUUCUGAUUUGUAUACUUUUGUUAUAUUUAAUGUGGUUAAAACUUAGUGUAACCAUGUCAUAUAAAGGUUAAAUCACAUUGUUUUGCAUUUAUGUUUGAUGAACAAAAUGUUUUUCAAUUGUUGUCGUUGUUUAAGGUUGAAAUUCUAGCUUUGUUGUCUAAAAAUACAACAAAAUUAACACAGUGUUGUUGUUGUUGUUUUUUUUCUUCAAAAAUGAAGUGUGUGCUUCUGUGAUAGAUAGUUUCUGUUUUUAGCUCACCUGUCACAAAGUGACAAGGUGAGCUUUUGUGAUCGCUUUUCGUCCGGCGUCCGUCCGUCCGUAAACUUUUGCUUUAAAUGACAUCUCCUCAUAAACCACUGAGCCAAUUUCAUCCAAACUUCACAGGAAUGUUCCUUUGGUGGUCACCUUUAAAAAUUGUUCAAAGAAUUUAAUUCCAUGCAGAACUUUGGUUGCCAUGGCAACCAAAAGAAAAAACUUUAAAUAUCUUCUUUUAAAAAACCAUAAGAGCUAGAGCUUAGAUAUUUGGCAUGAAACAUCUUCUAGUGAGUGUCUACCAAGUUUGUUCAAAUAAAAGCCCUGGGGUCAAAAUUGGCCCCGCCCGGGGGGGGGGGGGGUCAUUGAUUUUCCCUAUAUGCAUAUAGUAAAAACUUAAAAAUCUUCUUUUAAAGAAUCAUAAGAGCUAGAGCUUAGAUAUUUGGCAUGAAACAUCUUCUAGUGAAUGUCUACCAAGUUUGUUCAAAUAAAAACCCUGGGGUCAAAACUGGCCCCGCCCCAGGGGGUCAUUGAUUUUCCCUAAAUGCAUAUAGUAAAAACUUAAAAAUCUUCUUUUAAAGAACCCAAAGAGCUAGAGCUAAGAUAUUAAGCAUGAAACAUCUUCUAGUGAGUGUCUACCAAGUUUGUUCAAAUUAAAGCCCUGGGUCAAAAUUGGCCCCGCCCCGGGGUCAUUGAUUUUCCCUAUAUGUGUAUAGUAAAAACUUAAAAAAUCUUCUUUUAAAGAACCAUAAGAGCUAGAGCUUAGAUAUUUGGCAUGAAACAUCUUCUAGUGAAUGUCUACCAAGUUUGUUCAAAUAAAAGCCCUGGGGUCAAAAUUGACCCACCCCCAGGGGUCAUAGAUUUUCCCUAUAUGCAUAUAGUAAAAACUUAAAAAAUCUUCUUUUAAAGAACCCAAAGAGCUAGAGCUAAGAUAUUUAGCAUGAAACAUCCUCUAAUGAGUGUCUGCCAAGUUUGUUCAAAUGAAAGCCCUGGGGUCAAAAUUGGCCCCGCCCCAGGGGUCAUUGAUUUUCCCUAUAUGCAUAUAGUAAAAACUUAAAAAAUCUUCUUUUAAAGAACUCAAAGAGCUAGAGCUAAGAUAUUUAGCAUGAAACAUGUUCUAAUGGGUGUCUACCAAGUUUGUUCAAAUAAAAGCCCUGGGGUCAAAACUGGCCCCGCCCGGGGGGGGGGGGGUCAUUGAUUUUCCUUAUAUGUGUAUAGCAAAAACUUAAAAAUCUUCUUUGGAAAAACCCAAAUAGCUAGAGUUUAGAUAUUAAGCAUGAAACAUCUUAAAGUAAAUAUCUACAAAGUUUGUUAAAAUAAACGCCCGGGGGUCAAAACUGGCCCUGCCCCAGGGGUGUCAUUGUUUUUAACUAUAUGUGUAUAGUAAAAACUUUAAAAAUCUUCUUUUAAAAAAGCCAAUGAGCUAGAACUUAGAUGUUUAGCAUGAAACAUCUUCUUAUGGGUGUCUACCAAGUCUGUUCAAAUAAACAAAUAAAAGCCCUUGGGUAAAAAUUGGCCCGGGGGUGGGGGGGCCUAUAUACAGGUGAGCGACCUCAGGGCCAUCAUGGCCCUCUUGUUUUUCUUACUACUAAUUUUGUUACCUUCAUUUGUUAAUUACAAGGUAUUUUUAUUAGUCUUACUUAGUGAAAGGUGCGAUCUUAAACUCGUGUAGGAAGUGGCAAUAUUAACAAGCCUCUGUCGCAAAUAUAUACGCCUAUCUUUAUACUCGGGCAUAUUGGCUUUAUAAUUUGGUCUGCCCAGUUUCUGUAUUUUGCAUUAAAUAUCCGUUAAAAAACAAUGAACAUUUCGUAAGUUACAAGAAGGAUAAGUCUGUAUGACAAUUUCUGUAGAUUAAAGAACGAGGCAAGCAAAUUGGCCAUGAAUCAGAGAUGGCUUAAGUCCAAUCUUUAAAUACACAUGCAUCUUUCACUAUACUCUUACAACAUGUAUUUAUUUUAGCUUGAUUAAGAUCCUAAAUGUACCCCUGUUAGUAUAUAAGUAAAUCAAACUGCCAUUAGAGUGACCCUCCGUCCGUUUGUUAUACCACUAUAAGCUCUUUUUUUCCGUGUUUGUUUUUAAUGAACAUUACAAAAUUAAUUGAUGCAUAACCAUUCAGUCAGAUCAUGCUUUGCACUUUAGGUUUAUGAAAUUGAGCCCGAAACACUUGCAAUUAACAAUUGGAAAAUAAAACAAAACUUGACAAACUAGUAUAUAAGAUUUACUUUUUAGCUCACCUGAGCUUGCUCAGGGUGAGCUUUUAGGAUCGAUGAAUGUCCGUCGUCCGUCCGGCCGUCCACAAUUGCUUGUGAACACUCUAGCGGUCGCAUUUUUGCCUCAAUCAUCAUCAAACUUGGUCAGGAUGCUUAUCUAGUUGAAAGCUCGGAUGAGUUCGAACAUGGGUCAUCUCAGAUGAAAAACUAGGUCACAAGAGCUAAAAAAUAGAAAAACCUUGUGAACACUCUAGAGGUCACAUUUUUGACCCAAUCUUCAUCAAACUUGGUCAGGAUGUUUGUCUAGGUGAUAGCUCGGAUGAGUUCGAACAUGGGUCAUCUCGGAUGAAAAAGUAGGUCACAGGAGCUAUAAAUAGAAAAACCUUGUGAACACUCUAGUGGUCACAUUUUUGAACCAAUCAUCAUCAAACUUGGUCAGAAUGCUUGUCUAGUCAAUUGCUUGGAUGAGUUCGAACAUGGGUCAUCUCUGAUGAAAAACUAGGUCACAGGAGCUAAAAAUAGAAAAACUUGUGACCACUCUAGUGGUCACAUUUUUGACCCAAUCAUCAUCAAACUUUGUCAGGAUGCUUGUUUAGAUAAUAGCUCGGAUGAGUUCGAAUAUGGGUCAUCUCGGAUGAAAAACUAGGUCACCGGAGCUAUAAAUAGAAAAACCUUGUUAACACUCUAGCGGUCACAUUUUUGCAUCAAUCAUCAUCAAACUUGGUCAGGAUGCUUAUCUAGUUGAUAGCUUGGAUGAGUUCGAACAUGGGUCAUCUCGGAUGAAAAAGUAGGUCACCGGAGCUAAAAAUAGAAAAACCUUGUUAACACUUUAGCGGUCACAUUUUUGCAUCAAUCAUCAUCAAACUUGAUCAAGAUGCUUGUCUAGGUAAUAACUCGGAUGAGUUCGAACAUGGUCAUCUCGGAUGAAAAACUAGGUCACAGGAGCUAAAAAUAGAAAAACCUUGUUAACACUCUAGUGGUCACAAUUUUGACUCAAUUGUCAUCAAACUUGGUCAGGAAACUUGUCUAGGUCAUUGCUGGGAAUAAAUCGAACAUGGGACAUCUCGGAUGAAAAACUAGGUCACAGGAGCUAAAAAUAGAAAAAUCUUGUUAACACUCUAGUGGCUACUGUUGUGAUCCAAAUAUUCUGUUAAUUGGUCUGAAAGUUUGUUUUGAUGAUUUCUAAGUCAAGAUCGAACAUGGGUCAUCUUGGAUGAAAAACUAGGUCACACACCGCCCAAAUAUGGAAAAACCUUGUUAACAUUCUAGUGGUCACAUUUUCGACUCCAUUAUCAUCAAACUUGGUCAGAAUGCUUGUCUAGGUAAUUGCUUGGAUGAGUUCGAAAUCGCAUGUGAAACUAGGUCACCGGAGCUAAAAAUAGAAAAAUCUUGUUAACACUCUAGUUGCUACUGUUUUGAUCCAAGUAUCCUGGAAAUUGGUCUGAAAGUUUGUUUUGAUGAUUUCUAGGUCAAGUUUGAAUAUGUGUCACCUGGGUAAAAAACUAGGUCACACUGCUCAAAUAUGGAUAAUCCUUGUUAACACUGUAGUGGUCACAUUUUUAGCUCGACUUUUCUAUGAAAAGGGGAGCUAUCCUACUCGCCCCGGCGUCGGCGUCACACCUUGGUUAAGUUUUUCGUACCACCCCACUUUAUUUCAGAAGUAUUACAAGUAUGGCUUUGAAACUUACCAUACUUGUUCACCAUCAUAACCUCCAUCUACAGACCAGAGUACAUAACUCUGUCAAGGUUUUUGACAGAAUUAUGGCCCUUUUUUGACUUAGAAAGUGUAUUGAGCUUGGUUAAGUUUUUUGUACCACCUCACUUUAUUUCAAAACCAUUGGAGGUAUUGCUUUGAAACUGACCAUACUUGUUUACCAUCACGACCUUCAUCAACAGACAAGAGGACAUAACUCUGUCAAGGUUUUUGACAGAAUUAUGCCCCUUUUUGACUUAGAAAAUACAUUGAAUAUGGGUAAAAUCCACUUAUUGUCUUAACCCUUUGAGAUAUUGCUUUGAAACUUUUAAUGCUUUUUCACAUCAUUACCCCCAUCUGUACGCAAGAGAAGGUAACUCUGUCAAGGAUUUGUUUUAAAAAUUAAGGCCUUUUAUCGACUUAGAAUCUUGGUUUUUUUUUCUUUCUUACCAGCCCUCUUUUGACUUAAACAUUUCAAACUUUGCUGCAGUGUUCAAGGGUAUCACACAAUUCAGUAAAAUAAUUCUUCACUAAAUAUCUUAAUGCUCAUGGCCAUUGUUCACUUUAAAAAUACAGAGAUUCUUGUAUUGCCUUUUACUGCAAAAACUUUUUUUAUUGGCAAGCAAUAAAAAAGUCGAGCGCGCUGUCUUACGGACAGCUCUUGUUGACUCACCUGUCAUGAUACUUGGUCAGAAUGCUUGUCUAGGUAAUUGUUUGGAUGAGUUUGAUAAUUCAGGUGAGCGAUCUAGGGCCAUCAUGGCCCUCUUGUUAAAGAGUAAGUUUGUUGUUGUCAUGCAUUGUAUUUAAAUGGUGGUUUGUGGAAAUAAUUGUUAAAAAAAAGUAGGUCACAUAUUUUGUUAUAUUUAAUUAUACAACUCAUUACUUUAGCUCACCUGAUUGUGCUCAUUGUUGAUUUUGUUGUAUUAUGAAAGCAUUUAAAAUGUAAGUAUUGUCCAUCUUAGCAAGAGAACGGUCAGCGGAGGUCAUUUCUGUAAAUUUUUCUUCAUUAUUAACUGCAAUGUUUCUUUGGAUAUUCUUUUCUCCCAAUAUUUGUCACCCUCUCAUUGAUUUCAUCAUUUUUGUGUAAAUUGGCAUUUUGUGAAAUAUAACGGAAUAAUUUCAUCUACAAAGGCUAAAUAAAAAAUGAAAUAAACUAAAUAUAAUUUAGUUGCAAAACCUACAUGUUUACAGUAAAUUCUACUGAGAUUUUUCUUUCUCCUAAAGGAACACCUUUCUUUGAUUACUUUUUUUAUCCAAUCAUGUCAUUAGCUGCAAAUAUCACUGGAUUAAGGGAAGCAACUACUUUUAUACUAUUUAGGACCAAUGGUGACUGAAUUGCUUCCCUUUGUUUAAUAUUUUGUUUUGCAUAUUUAUUGAUCAAUGUCGUGAUGCUUUAUUGUUACUUUAAGGAAGUGAAAUCUUGUAGACAGUUUAGUACAUGUAUUUAUAUUGUUUUGUGUGACACAUAUGAUCACUGUUAAUAAGUCAUGAUAAGUCAUCAAUAUAAAUUUUUACGGUAAAAACAAAAAUUAAAUUAUUUCUGCCAUUGAAAAA